AUGGAACGCAGCUUUUUUCCAAAACGAACCGUCGAUCAUGGAAUCAUGGAAUAUCAGCCAGUGUUUCUUCAUAACAACUCCGGUACAUUCCGUAAAUCACUUCUCGUCUCUUCUGAGCUCCCCCUAGUGGUGACUCUUAACUUGCUGGAUAAAGUUUCCUUAUCCAGCACGUCAAGAGUUUUUGCUCCAAAGUUUUUCAAUCUCAUCUUUAAGAAAACUAAGCUCAAAUUUGGUGCUGUUGAAGAACGGGUAUUCUCUCGAAUACGACGCGCUGUGAUUGAGAGUAACGAAUCGAUUCUGAGGGUGCAUCGCAACGAAGUGGGAGGCAUGAAAAUGAACCUCUCUGAUAGGCAACGGGAAGAAAUAAACCGUGCAGUUGCCGACUACCUACAAAACUGUGGCUACUUAGAAUCGUUGCAGAUAUUCAAACAAGAAGCUAGUUUAAGUGAAAAUGAUCACAAAACAAUGAGUGGUAUGCUUGAAAAGAAAUGGACGUCGGUGCUGCGAUUACAAAAGAAGGUAAACGAUCUCGAAGCGAAACUAGCGGAAGCAGAGAAGGAAAUAAGCCAUGGAGCGCCGUCAAGAGAGAAGAGACAACCGACUGAGUGGAUUCCACGUCCACCUGAGCGCUUCGCGCUAACGGGCCAUCGUGCACCGAUUACUCGUGUUGUGUUUCAUCCAGUAUGGAGUGUAAUGGCGAGCUGCAGUGAGGAUUCCACGAUAAAGAUUUGGGACUAUGAAACUGGUGAAUUUGAACGUUCUCUUAAAGGACACACCGAUUCAGUACAGGACAUUGCCUUUGAUAAGGCUGGAAAAAUGCUUGUAUCGUGCUCGGCUGAUAUGUCGAUUAAAGUUUGGGAAUUUGGAGGUUCAUAUGCAUGUGUGAAAACGUUGAAAGGACAUGAUCAUAAUAUAUCGUCGGUUUGUUUCUUGCCGUCAGGUGAUGCAAUCCUAUCUGCGAGCAGAGAUCACACAAUCAAAUUGUGGGAGGUGGCCUCUGGUUACUGUGUACACACGUUCCGAGCGCACUCCGAAUGGGUACGAAUGGUACGGGUCUCACCCGAUGGCGCACUUUUUGCAUCGGCCAGUAAUGAUCAGUCCAUAAUUGUAUGGGCCCUGCAGUCAAAAAGUGUGAAAGCGACUUUACGCGAACAUGAACAUGUUGUGGAAUGCGUUGAAUGGGCUCCUGACACUGCACUUGCUCCCAUCAGAACAGAGGCUGGUCAUAAAGCGAAUGGCGAUCUUGGCGCCGGCCCAACACAUGUUGUCGUCAGUGGAUCUAGGGAUAAAACUAUUAAGGUUUGGGAUGCGUUGACUGGAACGGUUUUGUUUUCGCUGAUCGGUCAUGACAAUUGGGUACGUGGACUGCGUUUCCAUCCACGUGGCAAAUUCCUUGUAUCGGUGGCCGACGACAAAACCUUACGGGUCUGGGACUUGGCCCAACGACGUUGUGCGAAGACGAUCGAUGCCCAUCAACAUUUUGUUACGAGUGUUGAUUUCCACCCAACGGCACCGUACGUGAUUACCUCAAGCGUCGAUCUGUCAUGUAAGGUGUGGGAAUGCCGUAUUGUGCGCCUCGGACUCCGAUUUUUAACGUUGGAACAUGCAGUCAUCAUGGUGAUGUCAUCACGUCAUUUCGAAGAAGAAUACAAAGAAUACUUGGAACGACGCGAACGAGCACAACCUCGUGACGUCAACACCUCGAAGAAGUCCGAAAGAUUUAAGCCGAACAGUCAAGAACAACCUAAACCGUCACUAUCCGAUGAGAAACGUGCUCAACUCAAAGGAGACGGCAGCUAUGACAUACCUAAUAACGUCUAUCAUUCAUCUGGUUAUAUUUCGAGACGCUCGGAAUUGGGUGAGGAUCCGAUAUCAACGGUGCGGACAUUGCGAGCUCAACUACGCAACAUGGCUAUCAAAUGUCUCGAGGAGGACGUACCCGUCAAAGCACAUCUAUGUGAAAGAGCUUGCGAUCGUUUGACGAACGCUGAAGGUGAACUUAUGGCUCUUAGUCGUCAAAGGACCAAUGCUGUACUGAAUGGUGACACAAGAAUGGGCGAGAAAUUGGCAAAACGGAUGGAAGAGUUAAAAGAAGACGUCGUUAGAGACACAUAUUCGGACUUGGUUAUGGAUAAGAAUGAGAUGAAAGCAUUUGGUGUGAAUUCGGAAUGGACUCCUUUGAAAAGACCUGAAGAACCGAAGCUAGCUCCACUCCCACCAGUGAAGAAAAAAUCAAAGCCUGUUCCAGUAACAAUUGAGACGCAAACGGAAGCUGUGAUAGAAAAGGAGGAGAAAAUGAUUGAAAGUCCACCGCGCGAAGUAAAGAGAAAUGCUCGGCUGUCGUCAUUGAUGGCUCCCGCACAUCGAGCAGCGGUUACCGAUGGACAGCCAACAACGGUACAGCAAUAUGACAACCCGUACCAGCUACCUAAUUACACCGGAAGUUGCCAAUUUUGCGAUGAAAUUUCACCGGAUUUUGGUAUAGCGAGUCGUCUUGAGAGUCAUUAUAGAACGUCCUGUCAAAUGAUGAGCAAAUGUCGAUUCUGCUCGAAAGUUGUGGUGGUGGCACAGCUCAAUGACCACGUUAUCAAUCGUUGUACGUUUGUUGCUGGACGUAUGGUACCGUGUAGUGCAUGUGGGAUGGCGGUGGAUGCAGUCGACAAUGGGAACGGUGUAGGACACCCGAUGUGUAGAGGAAGACCUCCACCAGGCGGUGCUCUAUGGUGUUCAUUAUGCGCGGUUGCCGUUAACAACACGAAAGAGGCUUGGAAGACUCACCUCACCGAGAACUGCUAUAAUAAUCCGAGACGAAGUGGUCCUGAAAUGGAGUUGGACCCUAAGCUGGAUGAAACCAAUCCUGAGAAAAGUGUUCGCCCAAGCUCAUCAACGUCUACGAAAAGUGUAACAAUGCGGAACAGUGGCGCAAGGAUGAUUGAUGCAAACAAGUUGGUGGCAGCUCUACAGGAUGUACAACUUCGUAAAAAGCAGGAAACAUCGAAAAAGAAGGCAGCAACAACAGUUGAGGAAAAGAAAGAGGAUAAAUAA